AUGAAUUUAAUAAAAGGCGCCAAAAACAAACCACAGAAACAUUCGCAAAACAAAUAUGUGAACAACAAUACAAAAUGUAAGAAAAUUUUUAGUGCACACAGAAUUAAGCAGUUAGCUAAGGACAAAAAAUUGUUGGAUGAUGCUUUGUUAGAUUGUUAUGGAAGGUUCAUAGCUUUACUUCCAGAAUUCCUACUGAAGGAUCAUGUGCACUUGUACUUUCAAAUUCAAGAGGCAUACUGGUGGUACGAUGAUAUGUGGCAGGAAAAAUACCCAGACAAGUUACCAAAAUUAAGUUUAAAAACGUUUGGCUAUUUAAUAUGUGAUGAUUGUCCAAUAUUAAAAAAAUAUGUCCCACCGUCAGCUCAUGAGAAGUUCUCCCUAAAUUGGAGAAGAUAUUGCAGAACUAUACCGCUGAGAGGUGCAAUUCUUUUAAAUCAUAAUUUAAAAAAAUGUCUAUUGGUAAAGGGUUGGAGCACGGAUAGCUGGUCCUUUCCAAAGGGGAAGGUCGACGAAUUGGAAGAAGACUCUGUUUGUGCAUGCAGAGAAAUUUAUGAAGAAAUAGGAAUUGACAUAUUCCCAUACAUCGACGAGCAGGUUUUUAUCGAAACGCAUAUAGAAGACCAGCCCAUCAAAUUGUUCAUAAUACCAGGGGUAAAGGAAGACACGAAAUUUCAGCCAAAAACGAGAAAAGAAAUUGGAGCCAUUCGAUGGUUUGAAAUAGAAAAACUUUUGGAACAUAUAAAUUUAAAAAAUAAAAAAAGUAUCCUGUUUGAAAUCAAAUGGAUCGAAGUUUUAAGAAGAUCUGUGCAUGCAAAGGAUUUGAAAGGAGGAAACUCCUUCAUAUCAGGCAGCAUCCAAGCGUAUAAAUAUCAAAUAAGUGGAGUUGACGAGGCUGUUAUUAAAAAGCUUCAAACGGUUAAUUUGAACUCGAAGGAGAUAAUAAAUAUCGGUUUGUUCAAAAGCGAUGACGAUUUGGAAGAAUACGACGAUGAAAACUUGAAUGAGAAUGUGAAUGAGAAUGACAAGUUACUGCCGAAGGAUGUGGACGAAGAGAUGGUCUCCAAGCAGAUCAGUACAUCGUAUGCUAAUUAUAACAGCGCUAUUAAGGUCCCAGGAGUAGAUAAAAAUAGGGGGAGCUUUACCAAUGAGGAGGGUGUUAAGAACAGCAGCACCUCCAGCAGUGUUAGCAAUAGAAAGAUGGACAAAAGGAGCCUCGGACCGAAUACGAAACAGAAUAGCACAAAUUAUUACAACCAGGAAAUGGUUUCUAUAAGAGGCGAAGGAACUGUCGGCCAAGGUUUACCAUUAUACGAUGACAUGAACUGUAACGAUUCGAGGCAUUCUUUGGACCCCAUGCUGGAGGAAGGCGCGUAUGUUGAAGAAAGUACGUAUAGUAGGAUGGAGAAAGAACUCAUGGGAAAUAAAAAAGUGUAUGAGCAUGUAGACGACGCCAUCGUUCCGUUAAGGAGGAAAGAUAUAUUAUUAAGCAGUUCGGCGCACUAUCCAGAUCCAGCCAUUUUAGGAGAAGUACUGAAUGAGAACAACUAUAGCAGCGAUGUGGGAAAUAAUUACAAAAAUAACGCGAUGAGCGGUACGUACAACACGAUCAGCACCAACAGCAGUUGCACCAAAAAGAUGAGUAAAGAGGUGAAAAAAAAUGAUAGUCGCGGAAAUGUCGCGCAUAAGGAUCUGCAUGCAGUGGAGAGUUACCCGUCCGCCGUAAGCGAAGUUAACAGUAGUGCAGUAAAAAUCCCCCCCAAACAGAACAGCCUCAUGGUUAACCAUAGCGAGAAUAAGAAAAACAGCGUCAGUAUAAAUAGCAGUGGCAGCGGCAAUGGUAGCAGUAAUAACAACAAUUAUAAUAACAACAACAAUUAUAAUAAUAGCAAAAAUAAUUAUAAUAAUAAUAUGGCCUAUCAUGGGCCGAGCAGCAGCAGUGCGUACAAGAAAACUUCCAAUGCGCAUGGUAAUAAUUAUGGGAAGCAUUACGGAGAAAAUGAUCCUGCAGGAGCGAAGGGGUAUCGCUACAGCUUGAAUAAGAUGCGAAUGGGAGGACAUUUAUCAGCCCUACGAUUGAAGGAGGUAGGAUUGAGAAGCUUUGACGAUCAAGACAUGGACAAGAGAAAAAAUUUCCACCUGCAAGUGUAUGGCAAUAAGGACAAAUUUAAUUGUGAUAAAAAGGAGAUACAAAAUCGAUAUAAAAAAUUAAGUUUGAAAAAUCCCUAUCAUUCUUUAGAUGAUGCCUCUGUGUAUUACGUACCCACGAAGAAUAAAACGCUAGACGCGUGUAAUGAUAAAACCUUUGGCGAGAACCACACCAACGGAUGGAGCGCGGAAGAUAUGUUCAAAUUGAAUGAGGAAAAAUUUGGCAUUCAUUCGACGUACAAUAUAGAGGAAUACACAACCCCGCUAGUUUAUAAGGAAGAAAAAAUUAGUAGGUAUAACAAGAGCGCCAAGGUUAAGGAGGGUAUUAAUCCCCACCUUGUUGGUAGCAGUAACAAGCAGGGAGGUGGCUACAACAUUAAGAUUAGUGGUCCCGCGGAGGGGGGUAGCCCUGUUCUUGGGAGGGGAAUAUACGGAAGUAGUAGUAGCAAUAAUAAUGACAGGAAUGAGAAUAACCUUGUGUCGAGGUCGAAGGGGGAGUUCCAGAACAAUGAGGGGAAGGGGAACCCAAUCCACAGCCUUAAUCCGAAUGCGUACAUAAACGUGAACGCCUUGUUGGCGAGGAGAAUGAAGAUGACACAGAGUGGUAACCCCCUACUACUGAAUGAUAAAAGUUCGAAGAAAAGCGUUAGUUGUGUUAGCAGUAAUAUGAGCGACAGUAGCAGGGAAAUAGGUUUAGUGAAAAGCAGCAACGCAAGUGUGAAUUUUAUCAAUGGCUGUUAUGUUCAUCACGAGCGGAAUGGCGACGCGGAUCCAAGGACGACGAGCCAGGUGGACAUCCAUGACAGUAGCCACGCUCACCUCUUAAACGGCAUCAACGGUGUGAGCGGAAUGAACAGCGUGAGUACAGCGAAUGGCACAAAUGGAGCAGGCAAAAAUCAUGUAAGCAAAAAUCAUGUAAGCAAAAAUCAUGUAAGCAAAAACCGAGCAGGCAAAAAUCCAAGUGUCAAUUUCAACCAAGCAGUGAGCCCCAUGGAGGAAAGAAGAAGCAAUGUAAGCGUAGACGUAAUCCGAAACGAAAUGCUAAGGAAGUAUAAGCUGAAGGAAGGCUAUGGCGUCAUGCAGAGAGGAAGUGCGAACCAAAAGGAAGUAAACAAUUUUGUCGAUUUGCAUAACCGUUCCAUUGGAUACACUAACAUGAGUGCUGACAAGAAUUACAAAACAGAACCACAGAUGAACAGUAGUGGGAAUACACCUGUUUCGAAUGAAUACAUGCUAAAUGCAACUAAUCGAAACAACAAAAUGAAUAUAAUAUCUGGGGACGUAAAUUAUAAAAAUAGAAAUGCAUGUUAUGAUGUCAGUUAUAUGAAGACAGGGAAGGAUAAUAACAACUAUGCUAACAAAUCGAACGUAGGGGAAUAUUUGAAUGAGAGCAUUUUGGGGCUAACAAAUGACGGAAUGAGUGGUGAAGGUAUUCAUGAAUAUAGAAGUGUACAAAGUCGUAGCUCCUUGGGGGGAAGCUCUAAUGGAAAAAAUAAUAUGUUAAUCCAAGGUGGUUUGAGUGUAAAUAGGGAAGUGAUUGAUAAAAGGGAAUAUUCCCAUUUAGAUGGUGAAGGAAGAAUGGGUCUUUAUCAAAUUAAUGAAAUGGGAAUUGCUGCUUCGAAAAAGGCUAGCCAAGGCAGCAAUAACAGCAGUAGCCAUUCCAAUGAGCCUGGGAAGUACUUGCUAAAUUUAAUUAAGGGAACGGGAAAAUCGGGUGUGGAAAGCGAUCCCAAUUUAACCAAUAACAAUCGUAAUAAUGCCAGCCGGGCUAGUGUCCUAUCAGGGAGUAAUGCGAAACCGUUAAGUGAAAAGGAGAUACUGUCCAAAUUUUACAGCAAUGAGGCUGGUAAUCAUGCUUUUACUAAAAAGGUUAACUCGGCGCGUUCUUCCACGGGAGACAAGAAAAAUUCCAUCAAUAAUAGGGAAAGGCACGAUAAUUACAGAAAUGUCAUUCCAAAGGAUAAUUUAAACAUGCAGAAAAACCGAAACAGAAUGAGCGCGGAGCAUCUUACUUAUGAUGGCGCUGGUAGGCGCGACGCACAGGAGGAGUCAAACUUUAACGAGAUGGAGAUGAUGGAAAAGCUGUCGAAGCAUUUGAACAGUUACAACCCCUUCGAGUGA